CAACAAUGGAAACGAAGGAAUCCAAGUACUCUUUUGAGGAUUAUAACAAAAGUCGAGAUUACGAUGAGAUUAGAUGCACCGUUGAAACUAAUCAUGACUGACAGCUAUCUCACAAUGUACAAACUUCACAAGAGCGAUACACCAAGUGGAACAAGCAAAUGAUUGUCAUAUCAGCUAAUUGAACCAACGAAUGAUAGGGUUUAGAAGUGAGAAAUCCCCACCUAUUCAACUUUGAGGAGCAAUGUUUGCGUGCGCUCCAUUGGUAUAUAUAUUGCAUAACGAUACGAAUGAAAUCAUCUAGCAUAUUUACUAAGAGUCGUUAUAGUCAUUGAGCAGCUCUCUACUCUGUGAUAGAAUCAUCAUGGCUGAUAACAAAUCGAAGAUCGAUGUGCCGAUCGGACCACCAACAGAUUACGGUAGCAGAGAUACAAUAAUCAAUGAAGUGAAAGCCGACGAUGGUUAUGACAAUUACAAUCCCGUGGAACAUAGGAAUCUGAAAAAUGCCACCACAGAUUUUGGGUCUGCGGCACAUGUAUUAAAGUCCUCCCUGGGCACUGGACUUAUAGCGAUGCCAAAUGCUAUAAAAAAUGCGGGCCUCAUUGUCGGUGGAAUAAGCACAGUAAUAGUAGGAAUUAUUUGCGCCCAUGCUGUUCACAUUCUCAUAAAAUCAUCCCAAGUAGCGUGCAAGAGGACGCGCUCGCCAAAAUUGACGUACGCGGAAACGGCCGAGUCAGUAUUUAAAACUGGCCCUAAAGGCGUGAGAUUUCUUUCCUCCUUCAGUAGAAGUUUCGUGAACGUAUUGCUUUGCGUCACGUACAUAGGCGCGGUUUGCGUAUAUAUCGUGUUCGUAUCGACUACGGUUCAACAGCUCAUGGAAUAUUAUACUGGCGUGAAUAUACCUAUACGCUUAUAUAUCCUGACUACUUUUCCUACUAUACUCGUAUUAGGCCAAAUAAGGAAUUUAAGGGCUCUCGUUCCUUUGUCUACGCUGGCAAAUCUCAGCAUUCUCAUAGCAUUGGCUAUCACGUAUUAUUACAUUUUCGAGGAUCUUCAACCCAUCAGUAGCGUUAAAAUGGUUAACUCUAUUGAAAAUUUCCCAAAGUUCCUUGCUAUCGUGGUAUUUGCAAUUGAAGGCGUUGGAGUGGUAUUGCCUGUUGAAAACAAUAUGCGAAAUCCAUCUCACUUUUUGGGCUGCCCAAGUGUACUUAAUGUAACAAUGACUAUCAUCAUUACUUUGUAUACUCUAACAGGAGUAUUUGGUUACUUGAGGUACGGUGAUAAAACUGAAGCAACUAUUACAAUCAAUCUGGAUACUCGGCAGAUUCCAGCUCAAAUGGUUAAAAUGCUUAUGGGACUGGUUAUUCUUUAUACCUAUGGUCUGCAGUUUUACGUCCCAACGGAAAUCAUUAAGAAUGGCGUCCAAGGAUAUUUUAGUGCAAGAUACAAGAGUAUAGUUCAAACCUGCAUCAGGUUUCUCCUAGUACUUUGCACGCUGAUCAUCGCGCUGCUGGUGCCGGAUUUGGAUCCUUUUAUAUCUCUGGUCGGUUCUCUAUGUUUCUCUGUGCUUGGAAUAGCAGUACCGGCUAUAAUUGAGACCGUCUCCUGUUGGGAGCAUCAUUUGGGUACUUUGAAAUGGAGACUGUGGAAGAAUGUCCUUAUGGUAAUAUUCUCCUUAUUCGCGUUGAUAUUCGGUGCUUGGGUAUCCUUGCAAGAAAUAAUAGCACUUUAUAAGUAGUAACUUUCAAUUGUAAAGAACUUGCGGGUGUAAAUAAUAAAAUAUUUGUGCAGUUUGUUAAACCGUCUCAAUACCCUAAUUCGAA